GAACCAUACAGGUGGCUACACAAAAUGACUCCACGUGUGAAGUAUCCCCUUUUACCUAAGUGCUAGUGCACACAAUUCAGCAUCUUCACAUAAUCCAAAGUCUCCACAAGCCUUGAAUUUACAUCCUCAUCAACUCCACAAUUUUCAACUAAACCCCCGAUUAAAACCAAAGCUUGAAAUCAAUCACUAAACGCCAAAAACUCAUGUCGUUGAACCCAACUUUCCCAUUCCCCCAACGCAAACGGCAAAGAUACACUAAUUACGCAUGCUGCCCCAACCAAUACACGUUACAUUACAACUUUUGAUACCUAUAAAUAUGGUUAAGGCUUUGUUUUUUUUCAACCCUUUCCAUUUGUUUUCUCAUUUGUUAUAUUAUAACAUAACAUGGGUUCCUCCGGUGGAUCAAAAAGCAUAGCAGAUUCAGCAUCAUGGUACUGUGCCAUGGUGUUGUUGGGUAUGAUGCUGUUGGGGUCAACAAGGGAGAGCACUGUGGCUGAAGAAACAGAGGCUGUAAGAGGGAACAACCUCCGUGAGCGACCGUGUGAUGAGAUAUAUGUGGUGGGGGAAGGGGAAACCUUGCACACAAUCAGUGACAAGUGCGGUGACCCGUAUAUCGUGGAGCGCAACCCGCAUAUCCAUGACCCGGAUGAUGUUUUCCCUGGCCUUGUCAUCAAAAUCACCCCCACCAAUACUAACAAUUUGUUGAACAAGUAGAGCUUAAGCAAUUACAAUUAGUCUAGUGCUGUUACUUGUCUUCGUUAUUGUAUACAGAUUUAUCAGGAAAGAGUAAAAGGGAGGGAAAAAUAUAUAUUCUUAACUGUUGGUAUCUUCUUAAUUUUUGUUUUUUAGCUUUCCAUUAUUAAUUGGUUUGUAAACCUUUGACGAAACUAUGAAGAUACACACUUUGGAUUCGUUC